CCAAUGAUAUGGUGUUCUUCAGAGAGACAUCUUGGAAAAUUUAUCUACCCUUUUCUGGACACAAUUGUGUACCACAACAACUGAAGAUCUACGGAGGCUGUCACAUGGCCUUGCCACAAACCUUGCUAUUGGCCUUUCCUUUUGCAUCAGGUGACAGCAUGUGGCAGUAGGCCAUCGCCCAUGCUCUUAAACAGCUCCAAGCCAUUCAGAACACUUUUGUCAUACUUUGCUGCCCAAAGUGUCCAAAUGUCCAGACUGCACCUGAUGGUCGAUAUUUUUGGACCCGGCACAGCUUAUGCUGCUUACACCACGGGCUGAGCUGACCUGGAAUCGAAAAUGAAUUGGGCGUCUUUUUAUGCCGUAAUUAGCGGUGUAAAUAGGCAUUCAACGGGCAUUGGCCGCAUCUGGCUGUCUGUCAUCUUCAUCUUUCGCAUCCUGGUUCUGGUUGUGGCUGCCGAAAGCGUAUGGGGUGAUGAGAAGUCUGGCUUUACCUGCAACACCCAGCAGCCAGGUUGCAACAGUGUGUGCUAUGAUCAGUUCUUCCCAAUCUCUCACAUUCGUCUCUGGGCCUUGCAACUGAUUCUUGUAUCAACACCAGCUCUGCUAGUUGCAAUGCAUGUUGCUCAUCGCCGCCACAUUGACAAAAAAAUUCUCAAAAUAUCGGGACGAGGCACCGCCAAGGAUUUGGAACAAAUCAAGAAUCAGAAGUUCAAGAUUACUGGUGCGCUUUGGUGGACCUACAUGAUAAGCAUCAUUUUUCGAAUCAUUUUUGAGGUGGCUUUCUUGUACAUUUUUUACCUAAUCUACCCUGGGUUUAAGAUGGUGCGGCUGGUUAAGUGUGAUUCUUAUCCCUGCCCUAACACAGUGGACUGCUUUGUCUCUCGUCCAACAGAAAAGACCAUCUUUACUGUUUUCAUGCUGGCAGUAUCUGGGGUUUGUGUCUUGCUAAACAUUGCAGAGGUGGUGUAUUUGAUAGGCAAAGAAUGUGUCCGAUACUUCCAGAGACCCGAAGGGGAGCCGAAAGGACCUUGGCUCGCUCAAAAACUGUCUUCCUACAAGCAAAAUGAGAUCAAUCAGCUCAUAUCAGAGCAUCCGUUCAAGCCCAGAUUGAAUGUGGGCAGAAAGAGUCCUAUUGACAAAGGGGAGAGGUGUUCUGCCUUCUAGCCAUCAACAUCAUCUGGAUGAUUUGUUUCACUAAACAUCAGUAACAAACUUGAAGUGGGGUUUCGAUAAUUGUGCCCUGCGUUCUUGUUUUUAUAUAUUUAUUUCGGAUAUUGUCUUAGACCUAGGCCCAGGGAAGUAUCCAGGCAACAGGUGAAAAAAGGUUUAUUAUUUUGUCAUGGGGUAGAAUGUUUUGAAUUGCUAAUCAUUAAGAGGAAGACUUUAAACAUGUAAAAAUUGUUCCAAAUGCAAGAUAAAAGGGUCGGCUGUAAGAUUUUUUUCUUGCAAGAUAUCUUAAAGACAUUCAUAAGGAAGAUCUAACAUUUUAUGUUUACUGCUGGAUGAUAUGCAAAAUACUCAGAGGCAGAGCAUUAAACCCAUGAAAGUGUCUUGAAAUCUGAAAAUAUUAGAAAAAAUAUUUCAGGUACUUGAGGUUUUAAAUUUUAUAUUACCUAUAUAAAAAACAUUUACCUUGUAGAUUCACCUUGCGUACAAUUAGAGACUAUCGCCCAUCCGACCCUCACUGCUGUGACAUUACAUAGAAAUUCUGCUACUGUGGUCAGAAAAUGAAGUGCAGUACUGGACAGCUGACAGGUUAUGCUAUGAUGGGCUAAAGUCUGUAAUUGUGCACCUAUUGAGCAAAUAGGUAUCACAGUUUUUGCAAACAUGGAUUAAGGGUACAUGUAUGAUGCAUUUGAACCAUUGAGAACCUGUUUAAAAUCUUAAGUAAUACAUAAAUAACGAAUAUGUUUAUUUAAUUUUUGUAUUGUUUUAAAAACAGGAGACAUUACUCUAAAGUUCAAUGUUCAAAAUAAUUAUUUUUCCCUGUACACACAAAUAUACAACAUUUACUGAUAUAUGCACUGGCAUGUUUGUAAAUAACAUUUCAUCACUGUGGAUUUAUUGAAUUGAUCAUUGCUGCUUAUUUAUUGUAGUGCUAAAACUGAAAAAUAGUCAAAAUAAAAAUAAUUCAGAUCAGCACUUUGUAAGUAUAUAAAAAACAUCUUGUACAGUGUUACUCAAUAAAAUGCAGUCAUUUGAA